AAAAAAAGUUUUCGCCUAGAACCCUUGUCGAGUUGUCGUCAAUCGUCAUCUAAUAGCAUGGACCAAAAGUCGGGCCUUUAAUCCUCUCCAAAUAAACCCUAGCUAAACCCCUAAUUUUAUUUUAUCCACCAUUUCUUAAUUUCCGCCCUCAUUUCUCCAUAAACCCUAAACUUUGUUAAAAUUUGUUAAAUUUCUUUCUUUUGGGUUUCCUUGAUUCUGCACACUUGCUGUUGAUUACGAAAAUGCCGAGGCCAUUGGGAGUAAAAGCUGGUAAGAAAAGGAAGAAGAGAGAGGAGAAGUAUGAUAAGGAAGAGGAGGAGCAAGUAGAAAUGGUACAAGAGGAUGUACCAGAUGCUGCCACUAUUGAUGAAGCAGCUGAAGAUGAUAAGGUAGCGGAAGAUUUGGCCGAUGAUAUCCCCGGCAUUCCGGUUACUAUCACCGAGCAGAAGAGCCAGCCCGGGGCGGUUUUCGUGCUCGAAAGGGCUUCCCUUGAGGUUGCCAAAGUAGGGAAGACCUACCAAAUUUUGAAUUCUGAGGACCAUGCCAAUUUUUUGAUGAAGCACAAAAAGAAUCCUGCAGAUUACAGGCCAGACAUUGUUCAUCAGGCUCUUCUGAUGAUUUUGGAUAGCCCCUUGAAUAAGGCUGGGAGGAUUCGAUCUGUGUAUGUAAAAACUGAGAAAGGUGUUCUUUUUGAGGUUAAACCUCAUGUUCGUAUUCCAAGAACAUAUAAGCGUUUUGCUGGCAUCAUGUUGCAAUUGUUACAGAAGCUGAGCAUAUCUGCUGCUGGCAAGCGGGAUAAACUUUUUCGUGUGGUUAAAAAUCCUGUCACUCAGUAUCUACCUCUUAAUUCUCGUAAGAUAGGCUUUUCAUUCAGUUCAGAAAAAUUAGUUGACAUUCAGAAAUAUGUGGAUGCUGUUAAGGACGAUUCCAAUUUUGUCUUUGUGGUUGGUGCUAUGGCUCAUGGAAAGGUUGAUGAUGAGAUUGUUGAAGAUUAUAUAUCAAUCUCAGGAUAUCCAUUGAGUGCCGCAUGGUGUAUAGCAAGAAUUUGCCAAGGCUUGCAACAUAAAUGGAGUGUCUUGUGAAUUCCUGCUGGGUUAGUCUUUAGCUAAUAGCUACUGGUAGUCUGAAAUAUAGCUCACAAUGAACCUUUUCUUGAUGAAGUGAAUAUGCUUGAGCAUAAAUCAUAAGAUUUGCAAUUUGUAUCAUUAUUCUUCUUAUUCCUUAAUACUUUCUGGUGUAAGCAGAUACUCAGUGGUAUCUCCACUACUGAGUUCCUAGUGGCAUAUUAUCAGGCUGUUAGCCAUAUUUUUGUAUGGCAACAUGGUGCAUCCUAUUUAACUGCAGUCCAUUUUGUGAGUAA